AUUUCAUUUGCUUUAUUGGGUGAUGAUGUGCUUUAUACAGAUAAUAACUGUGAACAUAGAGCCAAAACGAUAAUUCUUGGUUUUUAAUUAUUUAAUUCUAUCUGGCUUCUUUCUGUAUUAAUUUAUAACGCAGUUAGAAACUGCCCAAAUCCAAAAUAAAACAAAACUAUUAACUGAAGGGCUGGGAUUAUGUAAGAGCAAAAUAAUUGGACGGGACUCUCGGCAGUGACUACUUUUCUGGGAAACUAUCCAUCCAAAAGCCCAAAAAAUUUUAAUAAGAAAGUCCCCUUCUUUUUCGGUUCAUAUACUUUAUAUUUCGACACCAUGGCACAACCAAAAUUAGAAGGUUAUGAGUUUUACAACAAGACUUUAAAGUCCCCCAAGAUGAUCUUGGCUCCCAUGGUUGAUCAAUCCGAACUUGCUUGGAGAAUCCUUAGCAGAAGAUACGGUGCCGAUGUCUGUGUCACUCCCAUGUUCCAUGCCAAACUCUUUAGCGAAGGCAAAAAGUACAGAGACGAGCAAUUCAGCACCAAUGCAGAAGACAGACCACUUAUUGUCCAGUUCUGUGCCAACGAUCCCGAUAUUCUUUUAAAGGCAGCAAAGAUGGUUGAAAACGAUUGUGAUGCUGUCGAUAUCAAUUUAGGCUGUCCUCAACAUAUCGCCAAGAGAGGACAUUAUGGAUCUUUCUUACAAGAUGAAUGGGAAUUGAUUGCAAAAAUGGUGACCAUCUUGCACAAGGAAUUAGCGGUUCCUGUCACCGUCAAAAUCCGUUGUUUCCCUACCGUUGAAAAGACGAUUGAAUACGCAAAGAUGAUUGAGGCUGCUGGUGCACAAAUGUUGACAGUGCAUGGUAGAUUGAGAGAGCAAAAGGGUCACAACACCGGUAUUGCCGAUUGGGAUAAAAUUAAGGCCGUGAAAGAAGCUGUCAAGAUUCCUGUCGUUGCCAACGGUAAUAUUUUAUACCACGAGGAUAUUCAGAGAUGUUUGGAUUACACGGGUUGCGAUGCAGUCAUGACCGCUGAAGCCAGUCUUUACAAUCCUACGAUUUUCUCAUCAGAGGUGAAAUUCCCUCCUUAUACUUUUGACGUCGCAAAGGAAUAUUUGGAAAUCUGCAAGGACGUAAAGACAAAUGGUAGCUCGAUUAAGGGCCAUUUAUUUAAAAUGUUACAACCUACUUUACCUCAUCAUAAGGAAUUAAGAGCUCGUCUCGGAAAGGCUCGUAAAUUGGAAGAGUAUUUCGAAAUUGUGGAAGAAUUAAAGGCAUUAGUGAUGAAAGUCAUUGAAGAAAAAGGCGAAGAAGAGGAACAAGGACAAAUGGAUGCCAAUGGUAUCCGUAAAUAUGCUUAUUGGAGAUGUCAACCCUACUUUAGACCCGAGCUCCCCAACAACGGAAAUCAUGAACAAAAAGACACAAAGAAGCGUAAUGCUGAUACGGCCGAUGAUAAGGAUAAUAUUAAGAAAUUAAAGGAAGAGACACCUGCUGAGAUGAAGGCUGAGCCAGUUGUUGAGCAAAUGGAUGUCAAGCCAGUCAUCGAGCAAAAGGAAACUGCACCGGUUGCUGAGCAAAAGGAGACUGCACCGGUUGCUGAGCAAAAGGAGACUGCACCGGUUGCUGAGCAAAAAGAAACUGCACCAGUUGCUGAGCAAAAGUAGAGAAAUGUAAAUACCACAAUAAAAUAGAGUCUUUUUUUUUUUUUCUUUUU